AUGUCUGCGCUUCCACCAUUUCUACGGCCUUUCCAACAAGACGUUGUCGUACUCGAGCCAUGCGUAAACGCCGUGUUUCCCCAUGACAAGCUAGACGCGUCGGCCCACGCAUUCUGGUGGCCAUCACACGUCGACAUCCCUCCUGCCGUCCUUCUCUUCAUCCCAGGCAACCCUGGGCUGGUUGAAUUUUACACUCCCUUUCUGGCUGCGCUGCACGAGAAAAGCGGGGGAAGACUGUCCAUCCUAGCGCACGGUCACCUUGGCCACUCUCCGGCGGUCCCCCACGGAGGCGCCUACAAGGACCCUUACAGUGUUGGCCUGACAGCACAAGUUGAGAGUGCGCUAGAGGCGGUCGAUGCUAUCAAAGCCGCCUUUCCACAGUCUGCCAUUGCCGUAGCCGGGCACAGCGUGGGUGCAUGGAUAACACUCCAGGUUAUGAAAGCAAGGCCAGAUACCAUCGCCUCUGUGUUUCUUCUGUUCCCCACAAUCGCUCAUAUUGCAAAGACGCCCAACGGCCACUCGCUCUCGUGGGUAUUCCGGUCACCACUUCCGAGAUUGAUCUCGUACGCCUCGGUCCUGACUCGGGCGCUCCCUCUUCGUGUGCUUGCCAUGCUGUUCCCGGACUGGCCGCAUACUCAAGUCCUGGUCCUACGCACUUUGCUUCAUGCACGCUCGGCUGUCUAUGCAAGCCUUUCGCUGGCGCAUGAAGAGAUGGUGACUAUACGGGAUCUGGACGCGACAUUACUCCAAGAAUACUCGCGUCGUCUGCACUUUUACUUUGCGAAGAGUGAUGGCUGGGUAGGACAACAAAAGGAAGACAUUCUCAAAGCAUUUGAUGCGGGCUCGAGCUCUGUGAAGAUUGUCCACGGUCAGGCGGAUAUUCCGCAUUCAUUCUGCAUUAACCACGGAGAACAGCUCGCUCAACAGUGUUUUGAGUGGCUGCUAUCCGCUCGGCUGCUUUGAAGCGACUCCCUCUUCAAUUUAUAGUUGAACCUUCAUAAACAUGCUAUGUGUAGUGCAUGUAUAUAGAGUAGAUUGACACGAGUUGCCGGCGUCAUCAUUGCGAUGUU